AUGGGAGUUGAGAAAAUGGAAAUGGAAGACGAGGACUCGACUCUGACGGAGAGGGGCAGGAAGCCUCCCGUGUCCAAAGCCCCCAACAGAUUUGAGGAAAAGUUCCAGCCCUGCCUGGCUGAGAUCGUGGGGACCAUGUUCUUUGUUUUCAUCGGCUGUGUGUCUGUCAUCGAGAACGUGCCAGCAGCUGGACGGCUGCAGCCGGCUCUGGUGCAUGGACUGGCUGUGGCGGUGCUGGUGGCCGUCAUGGAUAACAUCAGUGGCUCCCAUUUCAACCCUCCUUUCACUAUUGCCAUCUACCUGUGUGGAGGCAUAGAGCUGAUGAUGGUGGGACCCUACCUGGUCUGCCAGCUUAUUGGAGGAGUGCUGGGAGCUGCAAUGGCCAAGAUGAUGACCCCUGCAGAUCGCUACCUGAACGCCACAGGAGCAGCCUUCGACAUCCUCAAGUCAGAGAGCCAGCUGUGUGGAGCCAUCUUUGGGGAGGUGGCCAUGACCUGCCUGGUCACCAUGGUGGUGCUGCUGGUGGCGGUCAAUGGCAAGACGAAAACCCCGCUGGCUCCUUUCCUAGUGGGCUGUACCGUCGUCAUUAACAUCCUGGCAGGGGGUGAUAUAUCGGGAACGUGUCUGAACCCCGCCAGGGCUUUUGGUCCUGCCCUGAUGGUCAACUACUGGACCUACCACUGGGUUUACUGGGUGGGUCCCAUAGGAGGAGGUCUGGUGGCCGCUGCUUUGCUCAGGCUCGUUCUCGGCGACGAUAAGUUACGAGUUGUUAUGAAAUCGUAA